AUGAAUACUGAUUCCAGUUUAUCACCAACAAAUAAAGAUUCAACACUUAUGAAUACAUCUUCAAAUUUGAAUAUGAUGCAAACAGCUACAUAUCAUCAUGAACAAUAUCAAGCAACUAUUGAUGACGUUUUUCCAGCAUCAAAUGAUGUUUCAUCAUCAGUUAAUAAUAUGAUAUCAUCAUUAACAUUUUCUAAAUAUUUAACACGUCGGCGACGAAUUGAAAUUGCUCGUCGUCUUGAUUUAACUGAACAACAAAUUAAAAUUUUGUUUGUGAGUCUUCGAUUGAAAUGGAACAAAGAUAAUUUUAAAUCACGUAAUGAUCCACAUGUGGAACUUGAAGCAAAUGCAACAAAUCAUGGUCGAAAUUAUCAUUCAUAUGCUAUAUGA